CCCAGUCGGACUACUAACUGACAUAAUUCCUAAAAUUUCACGCACUGAACACACAGUGCCGAGUGUUCCUAUGGCGACGGUGGUGGCUACGGCAGCGGGGGAGCGACAUCUGAUCGUAGCAGUCGAAGGCACGGCCGCUGUUGGUCCAUUUUGGCACACCGUCCUUUCUGAUUACCUUGAAAAAGUUAUUAGGAGUUUUUGCGCGAAUGACUCAACAGGCCAGAAGCUGUCUGCUGCCAAUGUCAACCUCUCUCUGGUCACGUUUAAUAGUCAUGGUCCAUAUAGUGCCUGUCUGGUGCAACGAAGUGGUUGGACAAGAGAUAUUGAUGUAUUUUUCGAGUGGCUUUCAGCAAUACCCUUUGGUGGUGGCGGUUUCAAUGAUGCUGCAAUUGCAGAAGGGCUUGCUGAAGCUUUAAUGAUGAUUUCUUCUAAAAAUGGAAAUCAAACUCAACAAAAUCUUGAUAGCCAUAAACACUGUAUCCUUGUUGCUGCCAGUAACCCUUAUCCAUUGCCUACACCGGUUUAUCGGCCGCAACAGAAUGUUGAGCAGAGUGAGAACACAGAAAUUCAAUCAGACGGUCGUCUUUCUGAUGCUGAGACAGUUGCAAAGUCAUUUGCUCAGUGCAAUAUCUCCUUGUCAGUUAUUUGUCCAAAGCAGCUUCCCAAGCUAAAAGCAAUUUAUAAUGCGGGAAAGCGAAAUCCUCGAGCGCCAGAUCCACCUGUUGACAAUGGCAAGAAUCCUCAUUUUCUUGUUCUCAUAUCAGAGAAUUUUAUAGAGGCUCGUGUGGCUUUAGGUCGCUCAGGAAUGACAAAUAUAUCAACACAAAGCCCUGUUAAAGUCGAUGCAGCUUCUGUUGCUUCUGUUUCUGGGCCACCUUCGACAUCUGUUCAGUCAGCAAAUGCUGGAGCUGUCGUGAAUCGGCAACCCGGUUCUGUUGGAACCAUCCCACCUGCUGUUGUGAAAAUUGAGCCAACCACUGUGACAUCCAUGAGCGGACCUACAUUUCCACAUGUUCCAUCAGUUCCUCGGGCUUCCUCGCAACCUAUUCCAAACUUGCAAACUUCUUCGCCUAUAUCUGCAUCUCAGGACAUGGUAUCAACUAAUGAAAAUAUUCAAGAGAUGAAACCAAUUGUUAGUAGUAUGACACAGUCACUGCGUCCUGUGGGCGCUGCUCCAGCAAAUGUGAGAAUUUUGAAUGAUGUUGCCCAAGCACGGCAAGCUUUUGCAGGAGGAACUUCUAUGGGACUUCAGUCCAUGGGAGGGACACCUAUUCUCUCGAACAUGAUAUCGAGUGGGAUGACAUCUUCUAUUCCUGCUGCUCAAACUCUAAUAUCAUCUGGGCAAUCAGGUGUUACAUCAGUAUCUGGGUCGGCGCCAGUAGCAGGAAAUGCACAGGGUGCACAGAAUCCAGCUCCUGCAUCAUUUCCUACUACAACCUCGAAUGUAUCUGGGUCUUCAAACCUUAGCAUGUCUCAGCCAUUGAGUAACCACCAAGGAGGUGUUAGCAUGGGUCAAACUGUUCCUAGCAUGAGCCAAGGGAAUUUGACAGGUACGCAAAUGGUACAGAGUGGCAUGACCAUGAAUCAAAACAUGAUGGGUGGCAUUGGGGCAUCCGGUAUUCCUUCUGGAACUGGAACAAUGAUUCCUACUCCAGGAAUGUCACAGCAAGUUCAGCCAGGAAUGCAGCCUCUUGGUGUUAAUAACAAUGCUGGAGCUAAUAUGCCAUUGCCUCAGCAAACAUCAAAUACGUUGCCAUCAGCACAAUCAAAAUACGUCAAAGUCUGGGAGGGAAACUUAUCUGGGCAGAGGCAAGGGCAGCCUGUUUUCAUUACCAGAUUAGAGGGAUAUAGGAGUGCCUCAGCUUCUGAGACGCUUGCGGCAAAUUGGCCACCAACCAUGCAGAUAGUACGUCUUAUAUCACAGGACCACAUGAAUAACAAGCAAUAUGUGGGAAAGGCAGACUUUCUAGUAUUUCGGGCAAUGAAUCAGCAUGGGUUUCUUGGGCAGCUGCAAGAAAAGAAGCUUUGUGCAGUAAUACAGUUACCAUCACAAACACUGCUGCUCUCUGUUUCUGACAAAGCCUGUCGCUUGAUUGGGAUGCUUUUUCCUGGGGACAUGGUUGUGUUUAAGCCUCAGAUACCGAGUCAGCAACAACAGCAGCAACUGCAACAACAGCAACAUCAGCAGCUACAGGCACAGCAGCAUCCUCAGUUGCAGCAACAGCAGCUGCAACAGCUACAGCAGCAACAAUCACUUCCACAGCUGCAGCAGCAGCAGCAGCAGCAGCAGCACAUGCCACAGUUACAGCAGCAACAGCAACCUCUGGCACAACUACAGCAGCAGCCCCUUGCUCAGAUGCAACAGCAGCAACCGCUAAUGCCAUUGCAGCAACAACAGCAGAUGCCACAGCUACAACAGCAGCAACAAAUCCCACAGUUACAACAGCAGCAACAAAUUCCACAGCUGCAACAACCACAACAGCAACAACAGAUGGUUGGGACAGGAUUGGGCCAACCUUACAUGCAAGGCCCUGGCCGAUCACCACUAAUGUCUCAGGGGCAAGUCUCAUCACAAGGACCUCCAACCAUGUCUGGAGGACCCUUCAUGAGUUGAUUUUGGUGACAUAGUUAACAUUCCUGUGCAGUUGAUUGGGUCUUAGAAAUGCUCGUAAUAUUCAUGAUUUAAGGUAGCUUUAACUGUGUGCGCGCGAAGAGCGUGUAUGGUUCCUGUAUCGUUCUUCUGACGCUAGAAUGCAUGCUUGGUAUUCUUCUCGAAUAAUUUGAGUAAAUUUUCUCGGUUUGUAGCAUAGGCAAAAUUUUCUCA